UUAUGUCAGAAUACAAUUUUCGACGUUUAGUUUUAACAAAUAUAUCCAUAUUUUAUGAAUUAAACUUAUUGAAAUCGUCUUUACGAUGUUUAACAUAAUUAUAUAUACAUAACAUUGCUUAGUUUCGAAAUCAUUUGAAUGUCCAGAGUUAGUGGGUAUAAAAUAAACAACGAGCACUAGUUGAUCGGGUUAAAUAUUUAAAAUAAGUGAAGUUGUAAUUUGUUUUAAAAAAAAUCAUGGCUACUAUGAUUACCUCUUGGACUCCUGACAAGAAGCACAGCGAUGUAGAAAGGUGGAUAUGCAUUUACCCAGCUUACUUAAACAAUAAGAAAACUCUUGCUCAGGGUCGCAGGUUACCAAAAGAGAUAUGUGUUGAAAAUCCUACUCAUCAGGAGAUAAGAGAUGUUUUAUUUCCUACUGGAUUACGUAUUGGUGUUGAAAAUAAGCUCUAUCCACGUGAGCGUAGUAAGGAAAUGUUGCAUAGAGGUCGUAUUCGGGUUGAAUUAAAAAGCGAUGAUGGAACUCCUCUUAAAGCUGAAUUUCCCACUAGGGAAUCUGUAAUGAAGUAUAUUGUGGAAGCAAUACCGAAGUUAAAGACUCGUCAAAACAGACCUGCAGAUCAACAACCUCAAGCAGUUCAACAAGGGAGUAAUAAAGCAAAGGGGAAGAAAGGAAGGCGAUGAUUCUAUGAACUAACUGUUGAUUUUUAUUAUUAAUAAAGUACUUUUUCAUUAAUUUA